AUGGAUGAAUUAUAUCAAAUAGCAUUAAAAAAAAGUAAAGGAAAAGUCCUUAACGAUGAAGAACAACUGAUGGUUAAAGAAAUGGUUAAAGAAACACUUAAACCAGUUAAUGUUACAACCCAAUUUGACCAUUUUAUAUUUACAAAUGAAAAAUUAAAAAAAAGUUAUUUGCAAAAUUUACCAGCACCACACUGUUGUCGUUUUCUUACGGAUAGUUAUUAUAUUUGUUCAUGUACUGAAAAGAUAUUAUUUAUUUGUGAAUCAUGUAAUGAACGUAUGAGUAUGGACAAUCACUAUAACCAUACAAAAGGAAAAGGAAAUAUUAAUAUGAUUUGUCAGUGUGGAAUAGAACAUAAAUUAAAAGUAUCUGAGACACCAACAUUAUUGACUGGAUCAUCUCCAGUUCUUAUUCUUCCAACACAUGAUGAGUCUAUUAAUAACAAAUCAACGAAAAUAGAAAAAGAUUCUACGAUUUUACUUGUAGGAGAAGAUUCAGUAGAAAUCAAUAAAAGUCAAAUUAUUUUAACAGAAAAUAAGAAAAAGAAAAAAGGAAAUGGUUUUAAUACCUUAGAACAAAGAAUUGAAAAAGAUGAACAAAAAUUAAAAACAUUACACAGAAGUCAACAAAAGAAAGAAGGAAUUCAAAUACUUUUUAGUAAAGAAAGUGCUAAAGAAAAGUUAGAAUCAUUUAAAGCUUUUAAAGAAAAAAUAGAUGAAGAAGAAAAGAGAAAUAAAAAUGAAUUUAAAGAAAGAAAACAAAAACUUAAAGAUUUACUUCCAUCAAAAUAUUCAAAAGAAAUAAAAGAAUUACCAACACAAUCAAAUAAAGGAUAUUGUUGUAUGCAUGGAAUUGAUAAUAAUUUUGGUAUUAAAAUAACAGAAGAAAUGGAACAUAAAAUUAAUAAUUUUAUAAUAGAAAUAAUGGAUUGUCUUAUUGAAAAUAAUAUGAAUGAAUGUCACCCUUUAUUAGAAUAUAUUAAUUCUUUAAUGGAAAUUCCUAUUAUUAAUGAAUCAAUUACUAUAUUUGUAACAACAACUCCAAUUAUGUUUAAAAAUGGUUUACUUCAACGGUUUUUUUCAUAUUUUUCAAGUGGAACUAAUGUUAUUUCAUUCUUUUGUGAUAAAUAUUGUGAAAUGAUAAUAAAAAAUGAAGAAGAAACUGAACAUUUACUUUAUCAAUUUUUAAUUGAAUUAGGACCAGUAAUUUUAAAUUCAUUUACAAAUUCAAUUAUAAUAUCAUUACUUCCAUCAGGAAUAAAAUAUGAAUUACUUACUAAAAUAAGAAAAGGAGUAAUAGGAUAUGAAGAGUCAUUAAAUUCAUUUCAAAUAAAUACAAUUGUUGUAAAAGGUGUAUUAGAAAUAUUUAAAUUAAGAAGAAAUCAAAUAACAGUUUUACUAAAUUCAAAAGAAUCAAUAACCCAAUAUUAUAGUAUUAUAUUUAAUUCUAUUACAAAUGUUUAUAAAGCAUUAGAAGAAUGUUUUGAAUAUUCAAAUAUGUAUUUUUUAUGUGAAGUUGUUAUGAAUAAUAGUGAAAUAUUUGGAACAUUUGUAGAGUUAUUAUAUUCUUGUAGUUAUUCAAUCAAUUUUAAUACAAUGAAUCCAUUUUCAUAUAUAAUUCAAUUAAGAUUAAAAUUAUUUGAAGUUCUACGUUAUAUAUUUAAGUCACUAACAUGUUAUUUAAAUCUUUUUAGAAUAUAUAUUAAACAUUAUAGAAUAAUAAAAACAUAUGUUGAUCUUGUUUUAAAGAAACAUCUUCAAACAGAUACACUUGAAUUUGAUGGAGGAAUUAUUUUAUUUCGAUUAUACUCAUUAAUAAUUAGAAUGUUAUUCAUUCAAAAAUCAUCAAAAUCAAUAACAUAUAAAUUACUAAGUGGAUAUUUUAAAUUACAACAUUAUUCUUUAGGAGAUUUUACUCAAAGAAGAUUAAUUAAUCUUAAUAAUAAUGACAUUAAUGAUUUUGAAGAACAAACACCAAUGCAUAUCGAUAUUAGAUGGCUAUUUACUGAUUCUUAUUUUCAAAAAACUACAUUAUUAGAUUCAGAAAAGAAAAAAUUAUCUAAAACUUCUUUAAUUUUUGCACAAGGUAUUCUUCAUUCUUAUUUAUCUAUGUUAAAAUCUAUAAAAAAUUGGGAUCAAUUCUUCUUAAAACAAAAAAAACAAAAAAUAUUUCUUCCAAUACAAUAUCUUUUAAUUUAUUCUUUUGACCCUUUAUUUGGUAAGUCUCUUGACACAUUCUUUCUUCAAUUAGUAUAUUCACAAUAUAAUUUUAUUCAAGAUAUGGAUUUAAUUCAAAAACAAAAUAUUCAUCAAUUAUUUGGUUUGGACUAUGAAAUGAUGUUAAUAUUUAAUAUGAUUAAUGAAAAUAAUUAUGAGCCUUUAAAUGAUCCUACAAUUAAAUAUCUUACUUGUAUUGUAAUGAUUUAUAUUGAUAUUUCUUAUGUUAGAUAUAAUAUUGUUAAUGAACAAGAUGUUUCAUUAUUACAACAACUUAAUCCUUCAUUAAAUAACUAUUGUUGGUUUCAAAAUGGAAGUGUUGUGUUUAAUAUGAAUGCUUCUUUACCAAUUAUUAAACUCUCACCAACUGUAUUUAAUCAAAUCCCUUAUUUUAAUAGAUAUAUUCCAAUGAUUUAUCAAGAAGAUUAUCAACGUAUUUGGGUCCAAUUAUUUAAUGAGUCUUAUAAAGGAUUUAAAGACUCUUAUUCUAUUCUUUCAUCUCCAUUAAUAAAAUUCCCGUAUAUUAUUGACUCUACAAAAAAUCUCAUAUUUUCACUUAUUGCAAAAAUAGACACUGAAUGGAAAAUAAAUAUAGAAUCUACUAAAGAAUUAUUGCUUUUUAUAAGAAUUCAAUGGAUUUUCAUUCACUUAUGUAAUUGCAAAAAUCCUUAUGAACCUAAUAAAAUUUUGUUAUUAUUAACUAUUAUUGAAAAAAUAAUCAAUUUUCAAUCUCAUCUACUCAAUUCUAAAAAUAUAUCAAUUAGUCUCUCUGAUUCUAUGGAAAUUAAUCAACAAAAAAUCUUUGACCUUCGAUGUCUUAAUGAAAACAAAUUAAUUAAUGUGUAUAUCAUUGAAAGCUUAUUAAAUAUCUUCCAAUAUCUCAAAGAAUCUAUCCCAUCAAUAAACUCUUAA